CCAUGUGGCUGCUUCUGUGGUAGUGUCUGAACUGGGUGGAAGUGUCAUUUUAUUGUAAGAAGGGAGCCGGGGUCAGAGCCGACACAAGAGUAGCAUUAUGUCAAAACCGUUAUCAGAUCACGACAGAAAGAAGCAGAUCUCCGUGAGAGGUCUUGCCGGUGUGGAAAAUGUGGCAGAACUGAAGCUUGCUUUCAACAGGCAUCUCCAUUUUACGCUGGUCAAGGACAGAAAUGUGGCAUCCAAACGGGAUUACUACUUUGCUCUCGCCAACACCGUGCGCGACCACUUGGUGGGCAGGUGGAUCAGAACCCAGCAGUACUAUUAUGAGAAAGAUCCAAAACGUGUGUACUACAUCUCCCUGGAGUUCUACAUGGGCCGCACCCUGCAGAACACCAUGGUGAACCUGGCGCUGGAAAACGCCUGUGAUGAAGCCGUAUACCAGCUGGGUCUGGACAUGGAGGAGCUGGAGGACAUGGAGGAGGACGCAGGCCUGGGAAACGGUGGUCUUGGACGCCUUGCCGCAUGCUUCCUGGACUCUAUGGCUUCUCUGGGUCUGGCUGCGUAUGGAUACGGUAUCCGCUAUGAGUUUGGCAUCUUUAACCAGAAGAUCGUCAAAGGAUGGCAGGUUGAGGAGGCUGAUGACUGGCUGCGUUACGGCAAUCCCUGGGAGAAGGCCCGACCCGAGUACAUGCGCCCCGUCAAGUUCUAUGGCAGAACCGAGCACACCCCAGAUGGUGUGAAAUGGGUUGACACUCAGGUCGUGUUGGCUCUGCCAUAUGACACCCCUAUCCCCGGGUACAGAAACAACAUUGUCAACACCAUGAGACUGUGGUCUGCAAAGGCCCCAUGCGACUUCAACCUGAAAGACUUCAACGUUGGUGGGUACAUUCAGGCUGUGUUGGACAGAAACUUAUGCGAGAACAUUUCCCGUGUGCUGUACCCCAAUGAUAACUUCUUUGAGGGCAAGGAGCUGCGGCUGAAGCAGGAGUACUUUGUGGUGGCCGCCACCCUUCAGGACGUCGUCCGUCGUUUCAAGGCCUCCAAGUUUGGCUCCAGAGAGAUCGUCCGCACAGACUUCGCCUUUCUGCCCAGCAAAGUUGCCAUCCAGCUGAAUGACACUCACCCUGCCAUGGCCAUUCCUGAGCUGAUGAGGGUACUGGUUGAUGAGGAGAAGCUGGAUUGGGACAAGGCCUGGGACGUGUGUGUCCGUACCUGUGCCUACACAAACCACACCGUGCUGCCUGAGGCCCUGGAGCGCUGGCCCAUUGACCUGUUCCAACACCUGCUGCCCCGUCACCUGGAGAUCAUCUUCGAGAUCAAUCGUCGCUUCCUGCAGUACGUUGCCUCUAAGUUCCCUGGCGACAACGACCGUCUGCGCCGCAUGUCCCUGAUUGAGGAGGGCGAUUGCAAGAAAGUCAACAUGGCUCAUCUGUGUAUCGUUGGAUCCCAUGCUGUCAACGGCGUAGCCCGCAUCCACUCGGAGAUCCUCAUCGCCACUCUGUUCAAGGACUUUUAUGAGUUGGACCCACACAAGUUCCAGAACAAGACCAAUGGCAUCACCCCCCGUCGCUGGCUGGUUAUGUGCAACCCUGGCUUGGCUGAGGUCAUCGCAGAGAGAAUUGGAGAGGAGUUUGUCCGUGACCUCGACCAGCUGAAGAAACUGUUGAAGUUCAUUAAUGAUGAUGCUUUCAUCCGUGACAUCGCCAAAAUCAAGCAGGAGAACAAGCUGAAGUUCGCUGUGCACCUGGAGGAGCACUACAAGGUCAAGAUCAACCCCCAGUCCAUGUUUGACUUUCAAGUCAAAAGAAUCCACGAGUACAAGAGACAGCUGCUCAACUGUCUGCACAUGAUCACCUACUACAACCGUAUCAAGAAAGAGCCAAACAAGCACUGGACCCCAAGAACCAUCAUGGUCGGAGGAAAGGCUGCCCCAGGAUACCACACAGCCAAGAUGAUCAUCCGUCUCAUCACAGCUAUCGGUGAGGUUGUCAACCACGACCCCGUGAUCGGCGACCGCCUCAAAGUCAUCUUCUUGGAGAACUACAGAGUCACCCUGGCUGAGAAAGCCAUCCCCUCUGCUGACCUGUCUGAGCAGAUCUCUACAGCUGGCACAGAGGCCUCUGGCACUGGCAACAUGAAGUUCAUGCUGAACGGCGCUCUGACCAUCGGCACCAUGGACGGAGCCAACGUGGAGAUGGCCGAGGAGGCCGGAGAGAAUAACCUCUUCAUCUUCGGCAUGAGGGUGGAGGAUGUGGACGCAAUGGACGCCGGCAAAGGAUACCACGCCUCUGAGUACUACAACCGUAUUCCCGAGCUGAAACAGGCCAUGGACCAGAUCGCUGGUGGCUUCUUCAGCCAUAAGCAGCCAGACCUCUUCAAGGAACUUGUGGACCUGCUGAUGCACCACGACAGGUUCAAGGUGUUUGCUGACUACGAAGCCUACAUCAAGUGUCAGGACAAGGUCAACGAACUGUACAAGAAUCCCAAGGAAUGGACCAAGAUGGUGAUCCAUAACAUUGCAGGCUGUGGUAAAUUCUCCAGCGACCGCACCAUUUCCCAGUACGCCCGGGAGAUCUGGGGCGUGGAGCCCAGCCUGGAGAAGAUCCCUGCCCCCGACGAGCAACUCAAAUAAGCUAAAUUGACGUAUGCGUGUAGUCCAUUUGAAGACCUCUGAGGGUCAGCCUGGGAACCAGAGAAGAAGAGCCGUGGAGGGGCGGGAUAACACAGCUGCUCCACAGACGGAGGAAGUGUCCGUGAUUUGUUGUUGAGAAACCCACACAAUGGCCUUCCCAGACGUCUUUUUGUUUCACCUUAUGGUAAUCAACAAUGGCCAAGAAACACCUGUGGCCAAGAAAGCCACAUCUCCCCGUCUUUUCAGGAUGUUCUUCAUACUAAGACAAUAAAAAAAUAGUAGAC